AUGAAGUCGUCGAAAGUAUUCCGUUUAUUUUGUAAGAAGGCUUGCCCUAGAACAGCUGACUGCCGUCUCCCGGUUUGUACAUCUUCCGUUCUUCCAGUCUGUUCAGCAGUGUUGCGAAGGGCGUUCCGCUUUGCCAGUCUGAUCAGCAGUGUUGCGAAGGGCGUCCCUCUUACACUGAUCAGCAGUGUUGCGAAGGGCGUCCCGCUUUCUUUUAGCUUCCUCAAGGUGUUUGGACCAAAACACUCGAUAGUGUUUAUCCUCAAGGUGUUUGAAGGGCGUUCCGCUUUGUUUUCAGUUCCUCAAGGUGUUUGGACCAAAACACUCGAUAGUGUUUAG